UCUCGUUUCUACUUCAAGAGCCUUCGCCGUGGCAAAAGUUCUUCUCAAAAUCACUCUUUCUCUGUACGAAGAGAAAUAUAAACCCUAAAGCUCGACUGAAGUCUGAAACCUUAACUCUACAAAUGGAUGCUAUAAGGAAGCAACUCGAUGUGCUCAUGGGUGCGAACCGUAAUGGCGACGUAAGAGAAGUGAAUCGCAAGUACUACGACAGGGAUGUCUGUCGUCUGUUCUUAGUUGGGCUUUGCCCCCACGAACUAUUUCAAUUAACGAAAAUGGAUAUGGGUCCAUGUCCAAAGGUGCAUUCAUUACAGCUGAGAAAAGAAUAUGAAGAAGCCAAAGCAAAAGGUACUGAUAACUAUGACAGAGAUUUAGAGGAUGUUAUUGACAGGCUUAUUGUUGAGUGUGAUCGGAAAAUUACAAGAGCCCUUAAGCGCCUAGAGGAUGAGGAUGCAAAAGCUGCCAUUGCUAUUUCUGUUUCUGAGGUGACCCAGUCGCCUGAGGUCUUGGAAUUGUCAAAGCAAAUCAAAGAAAAGUUGAAGGAAGUUGAUCAGCUUGAUCUUGAAGGCAAAACUGAUGCUAAGAUUCGGGCUCUGGAAGUGGUGGAAGACCUCAGAGCCAAAAGGGCAGAUAAGCAGUCUAUGCUUCUUCUGGAUGCCUUCAACAAGGAUAGAGCUUCUCUACCACAACCACUUCCAAACCCUCCAUCAUUGGCCCCAUUGCCUGUACUCGCACCUCCAGAUCCACGCACACAGGAAAUGAUAAAUGAGAAGCUGAAGAAGGCAGAGAAUCUUGGUGAGCAAGGCAUGGUAGAUGAGGCACAGAAAGCACUUGAAGAGGCUGAAGCACUGAAGAAGUUGGGGGCCAGGCAGGAGCCCGUUCUGGACUCUUCAAAGUAUACUGCAGCUGAUGUGCGCAUUACUGAUCAGAAGCUACGAGUCUGUGACAUUUGUGGAGCUUUCCUGAGCGUGUAUGACAGUGACCGUCGUUUGGCUGAUCAUUUUGGGGGAAAGCUUCACUUGGGAUAUAUGCAAAUCCGUGAGAAGUUGGUUGAACUUCAGGAAGAGAGGAACAAGAUUCGUAAAAUUCGAGCUGAAGAUGAUAGAAGAUCAAAGGAGCGGAGUCGGGACCGCGACAGGGCAGGUAGUAGGGACCGUGAUCGUGAUCGUGAUCGAGAGGAUCGAGGUGACAGCCGAGAGCGUGAGAGGAAUUAUGAUUGUAGGAGUAGAGACCGUGAUAGGUAUAAUGAUCGAGGUCGUGGGUAUGUUCGGGAACGUGACAGAGAGUCAGAUCGCUCUCUCAGUUACGAUUCAAGAAGUCGUAAAAGGUCACGUUCAAGGUCAAGGGAGCGUUUGAGGGAUUAUGAUCGCCACAGGCGUUAUGAUCGGUACUAGGAACUCAAAAGGGCUAUGGAGUUUGUUUUUGUUUCCAGAGUUGAUACAAUUAACAAUUGGUGGGAAAAGAUGGAUAUGUUUUUGGAAUAUUCUUAGUAGGUUGCAGAAUGGAAACUAUUUAGAUGUGUUUCUGGUCCUGCUGCUUGGAAUGUAUUCACCAAGUUGAGGUUUAGGGAGAGAUUGUACUUGACAUACCUGAAAGUUCGUGUGUUAUUUUGGGGCUAUAGUGAUCUCGCCUUUCUACUGUAGUUUUAAAAUUCUCUACUCUGGAUGCUGGCCAAGUUGUCUAUUGCAUUGUCUUGGUGACGAUCUAAAAUGGGUGGUCUUGGAUUCAUAAUCUUAUGCUGAGAGCUUUACUGGUC